UUAUAUGAAAACACAUUGUUUAGUUAGUGUUACUUACCAAAUACGUUGAAUGUCACCAAAUCAACCGAGUGCUCGUGUACUGAAUCGUCUGUGCUCAACAUAAGAACUGUUCUUAUUCCAUGCGUUUUUUUUAUAUCAAAUAAUAAUGAGUUUUCCGUUUCAGAAUGUGGAGUGGGGGGCACAAUGUGAUGGUACAGCCGUUAUAGGCAAUUUUACGAAUAUUGACCCGAGUGCAAUCAUAAAAUUCAAUGCACAAAUUGGUGAUUUCGUAUCUAUCGGUUGGUCUUCUUCAAUUGGAGAAUACACUCAUGUCGGCAACUAUACUAAUAUCGCUGAGUACUGUACUAUCGCAAAUGUCGUAACCAUUUCAAAUUUUGUAAACAUUGGUACUGGCACUACAAUCGGACCUGGCUGUGUUCUCUCUGAAUUCGCAAAUACGGGGCACAGUGUACGAAUCGGGAACGGAGUAAAAGUGAAUAAACAUGCAUCCAUUUCAAACGGAGCCGAAAUUCAAACCGAUAGUCUUAUUGAUGAAUUUUCUUCGAUUGGUUCCGAUGCCAAAAUCGGACCGAAAGUCUAUAUUGGUAAAUUUGCAUCGAUCUCAGCGAAUGCGAUCGUUAAUGAACUGGCAAUCGUUCACAAAUUCGUUGAAAUACCGAAUGGAUAUAUGAUUAAAAACAACGAAAUCGUAAUACGAACACCAUCAACCUAUGAACUGUAUCAGAAAUGCGCAGCGACCGGAAGCAUCUCAGAUGCACAAGUUCAAAUUGCAAGUGAUAAGAGUGCUAUGCCUUCGGCUCAAUUCAAUGCAAUGUUGCGCGGCUUGUUGUAUGCUCAGAUCAAUGAUGUGACAGUGGAAUGUGAACAAGGAAAUAUGAUAACAAAUCUGGACUUAUCUGCAAUCAAAAGCUUGUAUUUGAUUCAACGUUACGGCUUAGAACGUUUCAAAGAAACGCAGCAAAUAGUACAGCAGUCGUUGAACGGCAUGGCGAAUGUUCAAAUGAAUAACGAGGACGUUUACAUUAAUGGAUUUAGAAUCGAGUCGGAUUAUCACUUUGGACUAACUUCAAGAGACACUAUAUUGGAGCGUGACGUGAAGACCAAGUUCAUUCAGUUACUAGCAAUUGAAGAAGAAGCUGAACGGGAAAACCGCGUUGAAGAUCAAACCUUCUGCUCGGUUACUAUGGAAAUAAUAAACGGACAACGAGAAGUAAUGGUCGCAAAACGAAGCGGUCAACAGAAUUUCGGCAACAAUUACAUUAUUUCCAACAACGUGCAAUCAACUGAUUUUGAUAAUUCAGGAAAUAAUUCUAAUUGGAAUGAUGACUUUAUGGGCGGUAAUUUCAAUUUCAAUAGUAACUUAGGGACAAAUACUGGGUAUAAUUUCAAUUAUAUUAGUUUCGGAAAUCUUAUGAAUAACUUUUCUAACGGUCUCAAUGAAGCUAUGAACCAUCUAAAUAACAACCUUAAUAACAAUAAUCGUUGGUGGAAUUAAUUCUUUGAUCAACGAGCCCCUUUGUUGAAGCCUCGGUUAAAAGGAGAUCAAAUGAAACAACGUGUAUCGAAUUAAUACCAAAUCAAUGGAAAUGUGAAAUUUUUAAAAUAAAAAGAGUACAAACUAA